CUCGCCAACAACGCCUACGCCGCACCGAUCUUCCCCUAUCCAUCUCUCAACGCCACCAGUUUGUCGAUGAACGUAUCGGAAGCAUGCAAUGACCUCCGGAAUUGCCGUACGAUGUGGAACCUCGUUUACAGCUGUCUCCUAACAAUAUUUAUCUGCAUAUGGACGGCUGUACACCCGGAUGUGGUGAAAGGAGAUGAGCAUCAGGGUCUGGGGCAUCGCAUGAAAAAGGAGAUAUUGAGAAGUGAUCGUUUGGGCUUAAUGAGGAGUUCCCUGAUUUUCCCAGAACUUGUUGUUGCUUUGGCAUGGGGUGAAUUCUCAAGAGCCUGGGUAUUAUCAAGAGAAUGUAAAAAUGUCGAAGGGUGGACACUUGUGCAUUCACACUUUGUCAUUAUGGGAGGUUUCAUUGACUCAAGAGGACUUGACAUUCAUCAUGAACUUGGUCCCUCCUUCUUGGGCCAAUACCCUGGCAUCAUUCAAAGGACGGGAAAUCGUCAUCGUCAGGUUGUCGCAGUAACGAAGCAGGAAAUUCUCCACAAAAGCAAAGGCGAUUUUUUAUCCAACUCUAUUGUAUCACUUCAAUUGCCGUGGUUCAUCGCUCAAUAUGUGGGGCGAUGGGUGGGACAUCUGCACAGAUCGCAGCUCGAGACAAUGACGCUUGGAUACUCCGCACUGAGCAUUAUCGUCUGCGCAUUGUGGUGGUAUAUAUAA